AUGGCAAGUGAUCAAGUUUUUGCUUUUCGAGAGAACGCCUACGAUGGUGACUCGUACAGAAGAUCAAGGGAUGGUAGACGUGGUAGGCGUUACUUUGAUGAUGAAAGCAGCAAACACAAGAAAUAUAACAGCUCCGGAUAUCACCAUUACACAAGUGAGGACACACAAUGGACAUUUCCAAAUUCUGAAAUUUCUGAUCCUGUAUACAUACGUGAUGAAAGCAUUGGAUCCGAUUUUGUUCCAUUACCAAGAAUUCAAUCAGAGUGCAAUUUGAAUGCAGAUGCUCGAAUUGAAGAACAUUUCAUUGGAGUUCGCAGUACAGAUGAGGCUGCGGCCGCUGUAAAACCAGAUGAUUUUGCGCUUUAUUACAAAUUUGAUAGUGACGGCCACGUUCGCUCGACUAUUCCAUUAUUCCUCGUACACAGAAACACAAGAAAUGAGGUUUUUCAUUUUCCUGUAAAAAGAAUCGAUGAAGGAAAUGGCACAAAGUGGUGGUAUGUACAAAUAGGAAACAACAAGAUGCAGUCGUUCCGCCAAUUAUCCGACCUCGUUCGCUGCUAUCAUCUCUAUCGAUUCACCGACGCUCGAAGCGGUAGAAUGGAAGUGUUUCCAUUGUGGAAAGGAGGUGUAAUAGACGAUUUCGAGUAGUUUAUAGAUCUUCAAAACUGUUCCAAUAAAGUAUAGCGCC